AUGGACUUGCCCAAGACAUAUGAAGUGCGGAGAAUGCCCGCUUUUCUGACUGUAAUUUUUGUGGUAAGGUUUGUUACGGUAUGCAAAAGCCUAUUCUCGAAUAAAGUAGGAACUUGAUUCGAGACUGUGGUAAUGCGUAAUAUACUUUUAUGUUCAGAAAUGUAAUCAUUUUCAUUCCAAUUCCUUUCAUAUUUUGGAUUAGUCAGGCUAUAGAAACUUUAUGUUGAAAAAUGACCGCUUUGAGCCUUAUGGUGGAUGAUUGGAGCUAAUAUCAGUCUGUCGGGAAAAUAACGGCGGAUCGUCGCGCCUCGGAAUCGCCCAUCAUCGCUUUGCGACUGCAAGCCGCGGCUUGGGAUUUGGUGCGCGAUAGCGGCGAGGUGAGACAUUUUGCUGCGACAAUCCGCCGUUAUUUUCCCGACAGACUGAUAAGAAAAAAAAAGAACUUCGAGAACAGGACUUAGAUUAAGAAAAUUUCAGAUAUUGGCAGCGGUGUUGAACGAGGUAGUUCUUGCCUGGGUCCACGACCAUGUCCCCCGAUCCGUACCUCCUCUUCCGGAUACCUUCUUCAGAAUCUUCCCCGAGAUUACAUGGGUUAUGAUCAUUGCUGAAUAUAUCAUGUUAUUGCUCACACUCUCCGGCAUCGCCGUUCUCUUCCUCCAUCAGCAUCGAUGGAUUGUGAUUAGAAGAGUAAUGUUCUGUACGGGUCUUUGUUAUACCUUCAGGGCUUUCUGUAUCUUUUUAUUCCAGGUAAGGAAUUUAUAUUUCUAAUAACGGUAUGUUUGUACCUUUUAAUUUUGUUGUUCCGUCGCAGGUGCCGGUCCCUUCAGUGCAUACUUACUGUGCACCCCAGGUUAAUAGUAGUGCUAGUAUAAUAUUCGACCGUAUGAUGGGAAUAUUCUGGUCGGCGGGAAUCGAACAACUCCGACCUCGGACCUUAUGUGGAGAUCUGAUCGUCAGCGGGCAUACCAUUACAAUAUUCAUAUCAGCGAUGACUGUGAAAGCCUAUGUUCCUCGAAAAUUGGUGAUAAUCGGUAAGAAAAAGCCAAGACUUAUUACAAUUAUCAGGUUUCAUCUACCAAUCACUCGCUUUCGUGGCGAUUCUGUGUAUUUUACUUGCCCGAAAACACUACUCAAUAGAUGUCUUGGCGGCUUACAUGAUCACAACGAGGACCUUUUGGACAUACCAUUCGCUGGCCAGCACUUUCCAUGAUGGAAAUAUCGAAAAGAAUAUGCUAUCUCAGACAUGCUGGUCCCCUCUUGUCAAGUAUUUGGAAGCAGACGCCCCUCCUCCACAUCUCUUCCUCAAUGUUUUGGAGUGGCCUUCUUCUUGUCCGCAAAAGAUACGACGGAAGCUGGCUUUUUGA